CGGAUUUCAUGAAUGAACUCUGUCUGUGUCUCUCUCUGUAGUGCCGCUUACGGCUUCCAUCGUGCUAUUAUUAGUUACAUGACGUUUUAGACCACACACAGCAGACAACUCAUCUGCAUGGCGUAAUAGAAGCACCUGUCGACGUGAGUUCUCGAUGUCAUUGAUCGCCCUGCUUUUACCUGCUGUCUGUUUCGAUUAACGACUGGGCUGUGGUUUUGCAGUGACGAAUCCCGACAUAUCUGCAACGUGCCCUGACAGUUUCGAUAACUACCUCAUACUCUAGAACUACCUCAUACGUCGGAGAUACGCCGAUCGCAGAUCGCAGAUACGACCACCAAGAUGCCGGACAAAAGUGAACAGAUCUGUCCGCAUACGCUGCCACUCGAGGGAGAUGCGCAGACGAUAGUGGCAGUCUAUCCCAAUGCAGCUGGUGACGGAUUCACCGAGCAUCCGGUGUCAUCGUCGCUUUCAAAACGACAUCCAUUUAAGGCUGGUCUGAUGAUCGAGGACAUUGAUAACUCAUGCAAGUAUAAAAACAAAGUACUUCUUGUUCAGGCUGAAGAAAGUUUGAAUUUAGGAGCUAGAACAAGUAGAAGUAGCAUGCUUAAUUGAGACUUGAUUUAGGAAUCGUCUUCCCUGCUUAGCGAACUUGAUAGCUGAGUUCUCAAUAAUUUGACAUUUCUUGAGUGGAGAAGCUGUCUAAUCUGUACCUACCAGAGCAUUCGGCUGUUGUAAAGGCGGACGAUGCGACCGUUGGAUACGGUCAUCGGGCGUGGCAGAGGAUAGCGGAACAGUUGAAAUCGUUCCCGAAGAACGGCUUUUCUUUAGCGACGAUGAAUAACGUGCUAGAGAUUGCUGCACAAGAAUGUAAAAAACUUUUUACUAGCUGGUUGGUCUAGAACGGUUUGUAUGGAACAAUAUUACGAGAGCUAGGCUAAUUCUAGGUUAUUUCCAGCCAGCCUAGUGCUAGUCGCGAGGGGUGGAUCCUAGAAUCUGGAUUUGUACGUAUAACUAUACAUAGUAUAGAACGAACCAUGUAGUACCUGAGGUGACAUGACAUGACCUGACGAACGGUGCUCCUGGUUUUUCUGGUCUGUCGUCUAUGAUCCUGAAAGUCUCCUUCAGGUACAAGCGAUCCUGAGUGGGCAGUGGAGUUUGGUUUAUCGAAAGUGGACUUCAAUGUGCUCCUGGACGUUAAGGAGCUCCGGCGAGCAACCGCGAAAGUUCUUGAUCCUCUAUUACAUUACAAGGGGGGUCGUGAGUGGUGCGCUUCCAUAUCCUUGGGAAAAAAACUUGGAGAAAUCGUACAAUCUAGCAGUGGAGCAACAGAUGAAGAAGAAAAAUUAGGUAAACUCUUUUUCUUGGUGUUGGUAGGCACUUUGCCGAAUAGAUUCGUCGAAUCAUCAACAUACUCUUGGUAGGAGGACAUUUUCAUUUAGUAGUUAAAGGAAAAAUUAUAAGAAAAGAAAGGGAAAGCACGAACGACGCCUGCAAGUGUUUUGUAAGCCUUCAACAUGAUAAUUGUAACAACAACUUAAACUUUACCAGUGCUUUACGCCAUCGGCAAAGCAUGUCAUCGAUGGAGCAAUUCCCGAGACGAGACGCGACCAACAGAAGUAGUGACUGCAAUAGUGCACCUCUUGUCGAAUUUCGUGGCCCGCGCACCAGAGAGCAGAAGUAGUGUGGAUUGGCUGCUCAUACUAGAAUUUUACUGCGCGCUGAAGUAUAUGUCAGCCUACUGCCCGCAGCCCCUGAUCGAUAGCGAUUUGGUACCUACUGGAUUACCCUUAAUGGGCCUUAUUCAUUUUUGUAGCCUAUUUCCCAAGAACUGCAUCUUCGAAUUCGAUGUGCUUCUUGCAAAAACCUUUACCAACAACCACAGAUAUCGCUCACAGUGGAUUUCAUGACUAGCGUACAUAAGCGCAAAGCAGAAGUUCCAAAUUGCGAUUUGUUACUCACAGCGGCAAUUGGGCCUCUAGUUCAAGGCGGAAACUUGGAUUCAGGGAGAACGAAGCUCGUGGAUGGUACGCAAGUUUGAAAUGUAUGUUCUUAUGGUCGAUGUGCAAAAGUAUACUGUUUUGGCAUGUAGUUUAGAGAUUAUCAAGAACGAGUCCCUGAAUCAGUAGUAAAUGAAAAACAUCUUUCCACCACAGCACACGCUGAGAAGAUCUCUUGUUUGCUACUGUUUGAAGCGAACGAAAUUGAAGUCCAGAAUGCCGCAGCCGAGCUCUGUGCGUGCAUAUGUCUCCAAGGGCGCGGCAAAGGCGCGAUAGAAAAAUUUUUGGUCCCUGAUCACUUGCCAAAACUAGUCGAGAACUUAGCGAAGCAUAAUAGCAGUUUCAAAACGAGGUACUAUGUCUAUUGCUCGUCCUGACUGAUGCAUAGUAGAAAGAGUUCUUUGAGACAUUCAUUUGUUCGUUGUUCCUCCCAGUAAUACGCACUACAUUAAGUUCUACAUUCCCUUCUUCUUCGAAGAUCCCCCUCGACGAAGAAAUCCACAACACACAGUUACAUCGAGUCGGCAGCGGCGAAGCCUUCGUUUCGGACGAGCUUUAUUAGAGAGGCUAUCCGGCAAGACAGAAUACAGGUUUUGGAAGAAAUAUUUGGCGCCAACGUUAUCCCAACAGCUUUCACGCUAUUGCACGAGCUUCCACUUCAAGUCCUGACCUGUUUGCGGCAUUUCCUCACUCGACCGAACGCUCCGGAUGGCCGGCCAGACAUGAUUAGCAUAGCGAGACUUGGUACAACUGUAGUUAGUGGUUCUGAUCAUCGUGACUUUGACUUUGUUUAAGCUUGUUCUUUUCUUGCGCAUUUUUACACACUCAACGUCGGACGAGAAUUUUUCCCUUCUACCCUAUACUAAUUUCCACGGGUCGUGCCAGGGCCAGCCACUGUUUCCCAAGUGGUCAGUGCAGAACAUGAUUAUAAUAAAAUAUAACCUCAAGAGCUCAGGUCUCCCGGUGGAGAGUCCAAGCUGCAUAGCCUACGAGAAUUGUGUGGAUUUCGUGGAGCACUGCUCGAAAUACUACGAGAAGCACAGCUCGGUAGUAAUGGAGAUUUUCCGGGUUAUCAGCAAGCAGGAGCCGCGUUUUCGACCUCAAUUCGAAAACCUUCCCGAUAACAUGUGGCAUCUACACAAGUACCUUUAGGCGCCUAGAUAAGAAAAGACGCGUGCAGGGAGCUUCAACAAAGAAGUCUUUUCGCAGUAGCAUACAAGAAUGUGUAUUCAUCAUACAUAAGUACAUUCCAACAGUAACUACUACAUUCCAACUCAUUUAAACUACAGUCUUUAUUCUUAGCUAGUCACUACUAGCGUACGGGGACCACAGAAAUUAAAUUUGUAAUCCAUUGUGCAUCAACACCAAGAUCAAGCUCUGUAUUAUUUUACACAUCAUAAAUUUGCAGGCAUGCCGGCUGGUCGUCCCAAGUAGUAUUCCAACGCUAUUAGCCUAAGAUAAUUCCAACAGAUAUACAAAUCAACGUCGCUGACCAUCAAGUUAUCGUUUACCAUGAAACGAUCAAUCAAUCAUCGUUUACCAUUAAGUUGCCUACGUACCUACGCACAAAGCAUUCUAUUUGUCAUCGCAAAUAACGCGUGAUGUGCAAAAAAAGCAUUUGCAUGAUGUUGAAGCAAGAAAGUAACUUGAUGCUGU